AUGGGCCAGGUGGAGCUGAUGCGCAAGGAGCUCGAGCGGGCCAAGAAGGAGAGUUGGUGCUGGACCUGGACGGCGAGCGACGCCUGUGACUCAGCGAUUUGGUCCCAGAACAAGUGCAGAGAAGGAGUGAAGGCCCCGGCCGCUCCAGAGCCUUCGCUUGUCCACAUCGAGCGGGGCCGAAAUGGGCCGACUCCACACGGCCGAGACGUGGGUCGCAGUGCGGCCCUGGAGGCGGCUGUUGAGGCUGCUGCAGAAGCAGGGGCGAAUGGGGACGCCGAUGGGCUCGCUCAGGCCAACAAUCGCGUGCGGAAGCUGGAGCAAACGCUGAAAGGAGCCCGCGAGGAGAACGACUCGCUCAAGAAGGAGAACGGCGUCCUCAAGGAACAACUAGAGGAGGCCAAGAUCAUGCGGAAGGCGCUGGAGCAGGCCAUGGAAGAGCUGCGGAGGAAGUUCGAGGACUUCAAGAGGCGGCUGCAGGAGAAGGGCGUGGAUGUCAGCAUCCUCGACGAAGCCCUGGCCGAAGCUGGCAUGCCGCUGCAUCCCAUGAGCGUUUUCGACCGGCUCUACAAAGAUGCCAUCCGCAGACAGAAUCGUUCGCAGGAGAAGUGGGUGGUCGACAUGCGUAACGCGCAGCAAGAGACCUGGGAGCGCAUCCUUGGCAUCUACGACGGCCCGCCGCUGACGAAGGAGCAGGUGAAUGCCCUGGUGGAGAACGGACUGAUUGACAUCAGGAUGUUCGGCAUGGAGCCCAAGGAACCCAAGGAGGCACCUCGCAUGUUCUGCCCGCGCUGCGGCUCCACCAUGAGGGCCUCCACGCCCGACGAUGCCUCUGCACAGCCCCGGCCGCACACGCAUGGCGCGAGCCUCUCCGAGCGGUCGAAGCCCAAGCUGGAGCGUGUCCGCACCUGGGCGGGCAGCGUGACGUCGCUACGCACUGCCGGAGCCGUGGCUGUUCCACAAGGUGCCCUCACGUACACGAAUGCAGAGGCCUUCACACGGAAGGACCUUUAUCUGGACAUCGUGGGAUUCCAUCCUGCCUCUGCGCUUCAAGAGAGGAGACCCUUCGCCAUCGUGAGUGAGGCAGACCAGUAUCGGAAGCACUGUCGCCUGCAGCGCUUCACCGAGCCAAAUGCGCUGGACCUGCCGCCAUCCGCCAGCUCGCAGAGCCCGAAGGCGAAAGACGGCUCCCCCAUGUCCCCGUCCAAGUCGGAGGCGGGCUCCUCUCCGGAGGCUCCGCCGGUUUCUCCGGCUUCCGCUCCACAGGUGCCUUUGGACUUCACCCUCACUCCGACGGCCUCUUCGACCGCAAAGCUUGAGCCGCCGCCGACAGCAACACUGGACAGCGCAAGCGCCAUGACGCUUGACCUGCGGGAGACGCAGGUGAAGUCUCCACCGCCGAUGCUGUCGGAGCCCGCGGCGCCGCCGUUGCAGCAGCGCCGCAUCUCUGCACGGGAUGCAAAGAUCGUGGAAGGUGCAGCCAUGGCCUCCAAGCCGGAAAGCUUGCUGUUGCGGGCCGUCUUGUCGUUGACCGUGACCUUGUUCGAGGAACGGAGAUGGAAGGCCCUUGGCCUAUGCGUCUGCCUCUUCUGCUUGCUCCUGGGCGAGGCUGCCACCGCCCGGCACUAUGCGAAGGUGCACGGGAAUCUGAUGACGGCCCUGCAGAAGCGGAAGACCACGGCCUUCCGCUUUGGCUUGUGGAAGGUUAUCCUCACCAUCAGCCCCAUCGUGGCAUUACGGGAGUAUGUCGCUGGCCUUCUCGAACUUGCCUGGCGCGAGUCUCUGACGAGACGUUUGGUUGGCAGAUACCUUUCAGAUGGCACCGCAUCCAAGCGCCAGUCCUUCUACAGCCUUACACUGACUGGUGAAAUCGACAAUCCGGACCAACGAAUAUGCCAGGAUGUCGGGAGUUUCGUGAACACUGCAGUGUCCCUCUCGCAAGACGUGGUGAGGACUGUCUUGAGCGUCUUAGCCUUCGCUCCCACUCUGUAUGCCAUUUCUCCAACGGCAUGCUUCGGUGGCAUGGCCUAUGCGAUCUUUGGGACACUGCUUGCAACCCGAGGUUUUGGUGCCUGGCUCGGGCUGUACCAGAUGAGGUGCGUCCAGCAGGAAGCUGGUCUUCGAUACAAGCUGAUCCGAGUGCGGGAGAACGCAGAGUCAAUCGCAUUCUUCGAGGGCGGGGAGGCCGAGCUGUCGAAAUUCAACGCAGCCUUUACCACGCUGCUCGACACGGCAUACCAACGAGUUCUGGUCGCGGUUGGCUACGGCAUGCUCAACCGGAAUUUCCAGUGGGCGACCUUCGUGGUCACGCCCGUCCUGGUCGGCCCUGCAUACCUUAAGGGGAAGGUCGAAUUCGGCGUCAUUGCGCAGACGAGCAUGGCCUUCAACACCAUCCUGAACGCAAUGACCCUGGUCAUGCAUCGCCUCGAGGCUCUCAGCGACGUGUCCGUCCGGGUCCAACGCCUUCAUCUGCUGGACCUCGCCCUCCGAGACUGCCAGGCCGAGCGGGCGGCCUGCAGAAGGCCAGGAGUCCGUGGGCAGCAGUGCAUCCACUCCGACACCACGGAAAAUGAUGGCGGCCCCGUGCCCGUGCGUGUGCGCUUCCAGGACGUGACGCUGAAGACGCCGCUGCGAACAGACGCCGUGCCCCGGGUGCUUUGCAGCCGCUUGAGUUUUGAGCUCUUGGACGGGCAGUCUCUCCUCGUCACGGGUGAGAGCGGUAUUGGCAAGAGCUCACUUCUCCGCGCAGCUGCCGGGCUUUGGACUAACGGCUCAGGCACCAUACAGCUUUGUAACAGGAGUCACGUAUUCUUUAUGCCGCAGAAGCCCUACAUGUUUUUAGGCUCUCUGCGCAGCCAGUUGCUAUACCCGCGCAUUGACGAUCGCUUGCUCAGUGACAGAGAGCUUGCAGAGGCAUUGAAGCGUGUUCGUUUGGGUGACCUGCUUGAUCGGCACAACCUUAACGAAACCAAAGACUGGACCAGCAUUUUAUCGUUGGGCCAGCAGCAGCGCAUCAACUUUGCCCGGCUCCUGUUGAUGCCGCAGUCUGAGCUCGCUCUGAUGGACGAGUGCACCUCUGCCUGUGAUGUGCAGAGCGAGUCCCUUCUGUACCAGCACCUGCAGAAGCAACUGCGCAGCUAUGUGUCCGUGGGGCACCGACCAGCCUUGCGGAAGUUCCACAGCCAUGUCCUGUGGCUUCGCCACGUGGAAGGUGACCGGCAGGCACGUGCGGAGGGCCUCUUCCUGCCGAUGUCUGAGUUCGAGUCCCGCGUCGCCUCGUGA